AUAAAAGUAAACAAAGUAAAUGCUCAACGGUUAACGUGUUAUAGUUUUAUCACUUUUUGUGCAGUUUUUGUAUAGUUUAGAGCAAUAAUUUGAGCAUUUGCGACAUUCCUCAAUUACCAGUGCUUCAAAUGGCAGAGGAUAACUAUGAGUUCACCAUUGCGAAAUUUCUUAAGGAACAAAAACGUUUACUCGCUCUGGAGCGAGAGCGUUUCGAAGCGGAAAAAUUCGAAAUUUUAGAACCGAGGGAGAAAAGCUCCCCGAAAGUGGAGUUGAUUCGUUCCAGUGAAGAAAGUGCUAAAGAGUCGAAAGACCUACUAAAUAAUCAACUAACCCGUGGUGAAUUUAUUUCUGAAAAUAAUUCAGUUUAUAUUUCGGGUGAUGAAUGUCUAUCGCCCAGUGGAAACUCAGAAUCAAAACAGUGUCCGAUUGAACAAUUGUUAGACGGGCACUCCAAUGUGCUUGAAACUUGUGUAAGUCCCGCCGGCGCUGACGGUCACCGUCGUUUGUUAAGAAGACCGCUGGAUGCCCGCGCAGAGUGCGGGAAGGAUGAUUCCACUUUGGAGCGGCAACAGGAUGAAAUGGAACAGUGGGUGUCGGACACAUUCUAUUCGUACUUUCCUAGCUUCAACAAAAAUCAGAACGAAAAGAAAUCGAUGCUCUCCCGUGCCCGCCAAGCCGACUAUCAAGAAUAUCUGAAAAAUGUAAAUCAUAUUGCUAAUGUGAUCCCUCAAGUGAUGUCCAAACACCAGCAGUACCUCGAAAAGUUCGGCCACCAAACCGGCCAGUCUCCCAACGAAAAAGGAACGAACACUACCAGUCCAAAUCAACAACCGAUGGGAAGCAGCGGUAACAACAACACCGCCACCAAGUCCUACCUUAGUCCAUCUGUCAGCUUCAGCCCGAACCAGAUACCAACGAUUAGGAAGACGCUAGCAAGUGACCCGCCCGGCUCGUACAUGCGCAAAGGUAGUCCGCGGGAAAAGUUAAUCAGUGAUUUGACCCAUACUGAUCUGUCCACCAUUCUCAAUACAGACACCAUUGACAGGCGGAACCGGAUGCUGGCGGAAGUAGGUCCCUCCCAGUUUCCAAUCAUUGCUAGUCACUCCGACACUGCAACUAACCGUGCUAGUAGAAAGUCACUCGCUGCGACUUUCAUUCCCACUAACGAGCGGGGAACCCUGCUGCUAGAUGAGGAAAGCCGUAGAAAAUUGGAAUACCAAAAGGAGCUCAUCAAGCAGAUAGAGGAAAAACGGAAAGAAGUGGAGCGAUUAAGGGAGAAAGAAAAACUGGAAGAGGAAAUGCUUACCAGUCGCUUGGAACAACAGUUGAAAACGAUGCAACUUGAGGAGGAACUGGAGCGCGAAAAGAUUCGCAGCGAAAAGGUCCGCAUCGCCAAUGAACAGAACCACAUCCGGCGAUUGCAAUUACUUUCUAAACUGGAAAACGACCAUAAGGUGUUCAACCCACAUGAUGAGCAACGCAAGACGUUGUCCGAAAAUGGCAAAGAAGUCUACAUUGAUCAUCAGCAUCAGCAACAGCAGCAUCAGCAGCAGAAAACGACGGCCAACGCAAAAGUCUAUCGCUACUUUAGCAACUCGGCACAAAACGAGAAACCGUCCAGCUUCACAUCUUCCAGCAUUUCAUCUGAGCUAGACUAUAAUUCUUCCAGUGAAUCUGCGGGGCAGUACGAGCGUUAUCAGUUUUGUAAAAAAUGUCGAGCUGACAUCGAUCGGUCGUUUCUUCCACGGGCUGGACUGGAUCACAGCCGUCAUUAUCAUCAUGCUCAAAAACACCAUCAGCAGCAGCAUAAAACAACACCGAAAAGGGCUCACAAGGAGGAUCAUUGCCUCAACUGUCACACUCGAAUGGAGAGGCUUUGUGAGAAGUGUGAUCGGGUUCUGAAACGUUCUCUAAAGGAAAAUCUGUGUACGAUUUGUCAACAGGCACUGCAAAACAGUCGCGCCCAAAAAGAAGCCCAGUUCGAGUUAAGACGGCAGCGUAGUAAAUUACUGCGCUCGAUGGAACAGUUUGACGACGAUUACGACAAUCGACCUGUGACUGAGGUUGAGAAUCCUCCGCAUCCGGCUUCCACGUCACCACCAAACCCAUACAAAAUCAUCGACAUCCAGUAUCACGAAAGCGACAACGAUCAUGACUUAGCGGUGCUAAAUCCGGUGAUUGUUCGAAACAACUACAAAAAGCCUUACUCACUAAACAUCGAUAAGGAUUCGAUCUUCCAUCCUAGCAAGAAGACACCAGAGCCCAAGGUAUCCGUUAACAUUCGUAACGGUGAAGUUUUCGUAGACAACAAGCUAAACCCGUCAGCUGUCAAGCGUCCCUCAAGUCCACCUGGCGUGCUCGCACGGGAAGAUACCGACGAUCCUAUCACCGACGAAAUGGACGAACGUAUUUCCAAAUAUGUGAAGCACUACAACACCCUCUGGAUGAAGCGCGGCAUGCGCAAAAACAAUCUUAUUUCUCAGAAAAAUGCGCAAUUUUCGUCGGAGUCGUUGCAGAAUAAACCGCUGCUGCCAUCGCUUUCGCCAGCGAAAGUGUACGUCAGCGAUCGGGCCGAUAACCUUAAAAGUGACGCCAUGAAAACUACCGAGAAAAAAUGGGAUAUUCCCGCCGUAGAACGGAUCAAGGUAUCACCCGGGUCGCCACGCGUGCUCACUCAGCUAGGCGCCAUUCGGAAACAACUGCAACUCGAACAAUUGGAAAUGGAUAAGACGUUCGAUAAGAGUUACUAAAAAAAUUUGAAAAGGCAUAGAAUGCUACAUACUCCAUCCCAUCUUCAUUUACCGUUAGGACAAUAAUCAACCUAGGCCGUACACCAGCAAAUUGUCGUAUUCUACGUAAUUCCAUUAAGUUUUUUGUUUAUUUUUUAUUGAAACGUAGAAAGUAAGACACAAUAAUAACAGUUAGUGAAA